CAUGCGUUCGCCACCGGGUCGUGUUCCACGCACGGCAUCAGUCGCCGACCGCUUACCGUUCAAGAUAGUGGCGGCGCUCGCCAACGAUUUGGAUUGUGUCCGCUGAAGUGCGCGGCGAUUGCGUAUUAAAAACAGCUCUGCGGCUGCAGUGUUCGUAUCUGACUGUUGCAGUACAACUGCAAUAAUAACAUUAUUAUAAAUUGUAUACGGUCUUCGUUUCGACAACCGCGUAACACUCGUAAUAGUAAUAAACAUCAUUAUGAUAUUGAUGUACCGCCUUAACCGUGUCCUGUCUGUACCGCGGUAUACGUGUUAUAUGUUUCUUAUAAACGCGUAAAGGCCGACGUAAUUUUUGUUGGUCCAUCACAGUCUCACCACCGUCGGUGACGCGUCUUUAUUAUUAUCGUUAUGCGACACGUAUUCUCGAUUAUUGUCAUGGAUUUUCCGACGCCGGCAGGAAAAAAUAACAUAACAAGACGAAAAUAAACGAAAACUAUAUAGAUAUCAACAGGUGUAUCAACUCGGCGUCCUGCGUCAAAUACGCGUGUCGUCAACGCCGCAGCUUUCAACGAAAAAUAAUAAAUUAUACCCAGCCAAACGCUGCUCACGUGUGUACACGGAAAGAUAUAAUCAUAAACGCACUGCCGUCUGCCACUGCUGCAGGACUUGGAUUAUACAGGACUCGGCCACAUCGCGGGACCCGAGCAGAGCCAGGAACGGCGGCCGUGAUGUGCCCGAGCUUCACGACGGCGGCCGAGACGCGGCAGCAGUUGUAGGGUCCGACGGUGGAAAGGGGAGGGGCGCGCGCGCUACGGUUAUAAGAGACGACCGCGUGGGGCACUCGGCGGCGCGGCGAUGACGCGGCCACGUCGGCGGUCAAAGGUCGAGGCGAUAACGGCAGCUGCGGUGCACCCGGCAGCGGCGGCAGAACCGAACCGAAAGCCAUCGCGGGACCUCGAACGCGAUACGACAGUGUGACGGCGUUGGGCGCGGGGCUCGAUCGCAAAACGGUUAGCGUAGCUGAAAUAUAACGUGACCCACCGACGACGACGAUAACAACAACAAUAAUAACAGCGAUAACAAAAGCGACAAAAACUAUAGUUGCAACAUCUGUGGAAAAAUAUUUAAGCAUAAAACAAUUGUAUAAACACGGUCGGGUGGCGGGAGGGCGCGGCGUAGGGCACUCCGCCGCCGCCGGUGCCGGUUCGUCAGCGACGCGCAGCAGCAGAUCCGAUGCGUCCGGCGCCAACGCCGCCGCCGUUCGUCAACGCCGUCUGCAGCAGCUUUACCGCCGCGUCGCGUUCCCGUCACGCCAGCCGCAGCCGCAGCCGCCGACGCCGACGGACCCGUAACGACAACUCACUGCCGCCAUGAAACUCCGCGACCGAGUGGUGGUCGGCUUCUGCCUGUCGCUGGUCCUGGUCACCGUGCUGUUCGUGGUCGACCUGCAGAACGAGAACGCCCGCCGGCAGGCAGUGGCCGACGGCGACGCUCCGUCGCACUUCCACGGCCGGUCCGACCGGUCCCGGGACGCCAUCGACGCGCAAUCAGCCUGGAACGCGGCCGCGUCGUUCGUCGUGUCCACGCUGAUGCCGUCAAGCCGGCCGCCGCCGCCGACACGUCCGGGAGCGCCGCAACCGUAUCCGCACGCCGCCGACGGACGUCCUCCAAAGCCCGCGGUGCCCGACCUGUACGCCGGCGACAGGUUCGCCGAUCUCACCGAGCGCCUGUCCCGGUCGUCCGAAACGCGGCGGCAUCGCGGCAACAUAGCCGACUGGACCGUCGUCCGGGACGUGAUCGUCGACGACACGGACGACGACGGCACCACCAGCAACGAGUACGUCGUCGAGUUCUUGGAAGACGGUUUGAGGCCAAACACGACAGCAUUAACCAUAUUCCACUCAAGAAUAUCAAAAAGAGAAAUGUAUCCUAAGAACGACACGUAUGUGCCAUUAAUUUUAAAAAACAUGUCCAGUGCGCGUAUCUUAAGCGUAGCCCAAAAAGAAGGAGGCACACAACUCAAGCUUGUUAUAGAGUAUUCAAACGGAGACAAAGCACUUAUGAAACCGAUGAGGUUCACAAGAGAACAACAGACUCUGCCGAAUCAUUUUUACUUCACCGACUACGAAAGGCACAACGCCGAAAUUGCUGCGUUUCAUCUCGACAGGAUAUUGGGGUUUCGGAGAGCAAUGCCGGUCAGUGGCAGAUUGGUGAACAUCACGUCUGAACUUAUGGCCCAGGUGACCGCGUCCGAUUUGUUGAAGACAUUCUUCGUGUCACCUGACAAAAAUGUGUGCUUUCACGGACAGUGUUCCUAUUACUGUGACACGUCGCAUGCCAUUUGUGGAAAUCCCGACAUGUUGGAGGGCUCGUUCGCCGCGUACUUGCCAUCCCAAGAUGUUUUGGAGAGAAAGACGUGGAGGCAUCCUUGGAGACGCAGCUACCACAAGCGGAGGAAGGCUAAAUGGGAAACAGAUCCGAAUUACUGUGAACUAAUCAGAAACUUGCCGCCAUACAAUAGUGGUCGCCGGAUGUUGGACAUUAUGGACUUGUCCGUGUUUGACUUUCUCAUGGGCAACAUGGACCGUCAUCAUUACGAAACGUUCACACUGUUCGGAAACGAUUCAUUUCCUAUUCACCUCGACCACGGCCGGGCGUUUGGCAAGGCGUUCCACGACGAGAUGAGUAUAUUGGCUCCAAUCAUACAGUGUUGUCAUAUACGAAAGUCUACGCUGGAGACUUUGCUGAGGUUUCACAACGUCAAAAAGCUCAGCGAACACAUGAGGGAAUCCAUGGACGACGAUCAGCUGUCACCCGUGCUAUGGGAACCGCACUUGACGGCCAUCGACCGGCGCGUGGGACUUGUGCUGCAGAAAGUCCGCGAAUGUCUGUCGGUGAGCACGAUGAGCGGCGAGGACGCGGCCGACGAAUCCCAUUCCGGGCCCUCCACUAAUGCCACGUUCGACGUCGACAUGGGCGAUCUGGGACAGGGAGCCAAAUACACGGCCAGGUCUAGGGAACAAACGUGAGGCGGAGAUUGAUGACCUCUGGAUGUCCGUGUCCGCCGCCGGACGGAUCGAGCGCGUUCAAUUUGAACACGAUAUUAUAUUUUCGACCGCGUCUGUCCGGGUUACUUGCCGUCUUAAAGGUCUGUCCGAGUUGGAUGCCGUGGCCCAAUCGACAUCACGUCAUAGACACUUAACAUAUCAAAUAAAAAAAAAAAAAAAAAUGUUGGAAGUCAAUUUCUAGGCGUGAUUUCUCUAAAAGUUAAAAAAAAUAAUCAAAAUUGAUAUUUUUUCAACAGUUUUACUAUGCCCACAGGCCCCAGUUCACUUAUUGUUUUACCUACUAUUACGGAUUUUUUUUUUAAGGUUUAAGUACAAUAUUAUUUGUGACACAGUAUAACUAUAGUAAAAUAGUUAAUACAUUUAAUGGGAAAUAAAAUGUUAGAAAUUAAUUUUUUUUUUUAAAAGGUAAACAAUAUAAAUACAAUAUUAUAGUAACUAAGUAAUUAUGUACAUAAUAAUAAAUAUCAUUAUAUAAAUGUAAAUAAAUGUAACGCUAAUGACAAAGCUGUCAAAGUAAUGAACGAUGAUCAAUAAAAAAAUAAAAUAAUAUAUAACAAUAUAAUGUUUAUAUUAUAAUAAAGCCAUCGUUUUUAAAUUUUAAGGCAUGCAAUUCGGACACAUAAUUUUCUUUGGCGUGUAAUUCGGACGCAUCGAUAUUUCACGCGGUUUUAUUAUCCAAAGGACGUCGAUUGUCCGAUAUGUUGUAUAUUUUGGUUGUAUAUUUUGUGUACUGUACGUAUUUCGCUGUCGUAAAAUAUUAUUAUUUUUAUUAUUUAUUAUUAGCUGCGUAUCUACUGUUUUUGUCAAUCGGUAAUAGGGUGGACGAGGCUCGAUUGCCAUUGUAAUGUUAUAAUUAUUAUAACAAAAUAUAUUGUUCACUACCUACACUGA